CCAUCCAUAUUUUUCCUCAUCUCCCUCCGACCGACCCACCACAUCUUUUCUCUUAAACAUUACUCCAUUCUUAUCUAUUUCUCUCUGUGAAAAAUAUCUCACCAUGGCUGCAGCAGCAGGAGCAAGAACAUUAUCACAAAUCCUAACCCAAUCUAAAAAGCUAUCAAUUUUAUCAUCAUCAGGAUCGACAUCGUCCAGAUUUGUAACCACGAAAAAUCUAUCGAGUAAAUCAGAAGGAGGAGGAGGAAGUUUAAUAGAAGUGAAUCUGGAAACAGAUGGUGAAAAUGAAAUAAUAGGUAUGAAGAGACUUGAGGAUGCAAUUUAUGGGAUUAUUGUGCGAAGAUCGGCACCAGAUUGGUUACCUUUCUCACCUGGUUCUUCUUAUUGGGUACCACCUAAAAAGAGACCUCAGGGUUUUGCUGAAUUGAUUGGGAAAUUGGCUAAUCCUUUGUCUGAAGAUGAAACCCUUUCGUUGAAUACUGCUAGGGGUUGGCCUUCUACUUCUUUUUUCAUUGAUGGUUCAUCAUCUCCUCAUUCACUUUCACCUCAUAUAGUAGAGAAGGAGAUUGUAGUAGAGGAGCCAAUUGCUGUAGAGAAGAAAGAGAAAUCGAAGAAAAGCACCAAGGCGGCAUCCCAGCCCGAGGAUGAAGAAGGUUGAAUCAUUGCCUUGUCAAUGGGCCCUCUGUCGGGUUGCGUCUCUCCUCAGUAGAUAAGGUGAAAAGAAAAGGGAAAAAACCAACCCGAGGCAACAACAUAUAACAGAAGGUGAGCUGCUGAGGAUGGGAGUUAUUGUACAUAUUUUCAAGAAAAGGUGGUCACAAGAAUGGUGCAGUUGGGGGUGGGAGAAGUAAUCCUCCUCUUAAUGAUCUGUGUGCUGCGUAGGCCGCGUUCACCCUCAAAAUCCGUUUGGAAGACCCAAGAUCCCAUCUUAUUUCUUAAUCACCAUAAGAACAAAUCUGAAUUUCCUGGUUUAUUUUGAUUUAAUGUUUGAUUUAUUUUCUUUAUAAAUUAUGAGUCGAUGCCCUUUCUGUCAAAUGUAGUGUAACAUUAGAAUGUAUUUAUGUUGUUUUUAUCUUUAAAUAAAAGAAAAGAAAUGUAGUUUCCUUGCAUGAAAGAACAAGGAAAGUAGCUCA